AGACGCACCAACCAUCGAUAUUUGAUAGUGAGCUAUAUCGCUCAUCUGAGUCCACUAUGGCUUCUCUUAACCAACGAGGAUUCCAGCAUGUUGUCAUUCUACUCUUUAUUUUAGCAUUUGUCAUCAGCUCAUCUUUGGGAACUUCGUUAUCUUCAAAAAAUAAAGAACGAAAAGAGUUGAAAACACCUGAAACAAACCAAACAGCAUCCCCACCAUCUUAUCCUGUGGCAAAUGCAAAUUCCACAGCUGAUAUAGUUACAGAAACUUCAUCAAUCACUGCUCUUCCGAUUUUGGCAAACACUAGCGAUAGCACAAACUCUACGUUAACCAAUACGACUUUAUCGACUCCGAGCCCAAUAGGCCUAUCUGAUACAGAAACAGCGGGUUCGGAAGCCCCUCUCGAAGCACGAGAACACGUAGCCUGGCACACGGAAGACUUGCUUGUCCCUACACCGAAAAGUGUACAUCUGCUUGCGCAACUAAUGGCUUUAUCGAUGUCGCAAAUUGAUACGGCUUUUCGUGGCAGUUCCCAAAGAAGUCAAUCAGUUUCUAUCCAGUACAACAAAAGUUUUCGCACUACGAUGCAGCAGAUCAGUCAAAAACUGAACAAUGCUCUCUCGCAAGCCAGCACUAAUUCAGAAACGAUCGCUACUUCUCUUCUGAAUGCACCUGAAAAACUUGAAGAGGCUUUCAAUUACUUAAAUAAAUUCAAAAUUUCCAGUCGAAACGCCAAUUUUUUGGUUUUACCUUUGAAGAGCUUAAAAGAUACCAGCGAUCAGACUAUUAAUCUCUCUAAUCAGGUGGUCAGCCAACUUUCAGGAUUAGUGCGACUAGCGGACGAGAUAAUCGAAACUGUCGAUUCAUCCAAGACAGAAAAAGUACAGCAGAGGGAGGCCGUAUUGGCUAAAUUACAGUCGGCACAAACAGAUAAAAGUAUAAUCGAGAAUGAAACCUUUGUUAUCGAAAAAGAAAUUGAACAAUUGAAACGAGAAGUACGUUUGCACAAAAUGGACGUAGAAAUUGCCAUUGAAGACUUGAAAAAUUUAAGAUCAAAAGCAAACGACGAAUCUCGGUGCUAUUGGACAUUCAACCAGGAGGAAGGACUAGACUUAUAUAUUUGCCCUUAUCGGCCGCAAUCUUCCAAAAUUCGCGAAGCAGAUAAAGCCAAAGAAGAACCUCAAAAGUUGUUCGAAUCAGCAAUGAAACGACUCGCUGAAAAAGAGAAAUUAGCGCGAGAUCGAAGAGAGAAAGACAAUAAACUCUUAAUCACAAUGAAAAAACUAUUUGCUGAUAAGGGCCAAAUUGCUGACGACAUCCAGUUGCUGGAAAAAAGUACAACAUUAUUUACGGGAUUGGUGGGAAAUUUCACGAUGCUGGAAAGGAGUUGGACCACCUUUGCUGGUAUCUGUAAAGACAUUCAAGAAGGUUCCGCCAAGAGCCACGCUACAGUCGUUGAAACUAUUGAAAACCCCAGCCGCUGGAACAACACUCUUGCAGAUAAACUUGCAGAGCAGUUGAAAGACACCCAGGAAAAUCUGUCGUUGCUCAAGACAAUCGUCCAGUCUUACCUGGAGGGUUACGCGCGACACAUCGUGGAGGUGGUCGCAGAAGCGGAACAAAUGAUGACCAAGAGAGGCCAUCCACAGGAACUUGAACGCCGUCUUCUAAGAAAAUGUGAACUGGCUUCUCGAGGAUUACAAAGUUUCAUUCAAAGUAAUUCACAGCUACACGAAGCUGACUCUCAAAUCACGCAAAAAAUCAAGAUUAUAAUCAGAUAGAGUAGCUACCUUGUACUUUUGCUUAAUGUGCAUUAUGCUUUAUUGCCACGAACCCUGUUUGUCGGCAAAUGCACAAAAUAUAUUAGUCUGCUUUGCUGUAACAUGAUUUGGAAACACAAUACAAUUUCUGUAGAUACGAA